AUGUCGCUCAAUCUGUCCUGCCCAGCCACGACCAUGCGCGCAGUCGUUUACCAUGGCACCCCUUUUGAAAUGAUGGUUCAGGAUGUUGCUAAGCCAACCAUCUUGAACGAGACAGAUGUUGUUGUGCGGGUGACCACUUCAGCCAUGUGCGGAUCCGACCUGCACAUCUAUCGCGGCUACAUGGGCGGUGCCCCGCCAUGGACAAUGGGCCACGAGGCUGUUGGCUACAUCUCGGAAAUCGGCGACGCCGUGUCCUCCUUCGCCGUCGGGGACUACGUCAUUGUUCCCGACACCGUGUCUGCGGGUCACUUGGAGAUCGAGCCGGCGUCGAAAGAGUACUUCGGCUUCGGUAAUAGUGAGAUGGGCCUCGGUGGGCUUCAAGCUGAAUACGCGAGGGUCCCUUUCGCUGAAGCUAACCUGAUCCCUAUCCCAUUGACCCAAGAAACCGCCAACUCGACGAUUGAGCACGACUACCUGACCGUUGCGGACAUCUUCGCUACGGGGUGGGCCGGUAUCGACUACACCGGGUUCGAAUCCGGCGAUUCCGUCGCCGUCUUCGGGGCAGGACCCGUCGGGCUGCUAUCUGCCUACUCCGCCAUCUUGCGUGGGGCUUCCAAGGUCUACGUUGUCGACCACGUGGAGGAGCGCCUCGGUCUUGCGGCUUUCAUCGGAGCUAUCCCGAUCAACUUUGCCGACAAAGAUCCCGUCGCCCAAAUCUUGGCUCGCGAGCCACGCGGGGUGAUGCGCACCGUGGACUGUGUUGGCAUGGAGGCAUUGAAUCCCGGCCUUGAGAUGGACGAGAGCAUCGUGUUGCAACAGAUGAUCGAUGUGGCCCAUUUCGGAGGAGGCAUCGGUCAGUUGGGUGUGUAUCAGUCUCAGGAAAGUUCUCCUGGUGCACCGUACGGCAGCAUCAUCUCGCCCACCAUCCCCUUUUCCGCCUCGACCUUCUUUGCCAAGAGCUUGAGCUU